AUGACAAUCAAAGUAGAUGUGUAUAGCUUUGGAAUUAUGCUCUUGGAGAUUAUUUGUUGUCGAAGGAAUGCGGACUUUGAUCUUCCUGAGGAAGAAGCACUCCUUGAAGAAUGGGCAUACCAUUGCUUUGAGUGUGGCGAGCUGGGCAAACUUUUGAAUAAUGAGGUGGUCGACAAGAAACAACAGGAAAGAAUGGUUAUGGUAGCACUCUGGUGCAUUCUAGAUGAGCCGUCACUUCGUCCUUCAAUAAAGAAGGUUCUACAUAUGUUGGAAGGGACUGUUGAUAUUCCAAUCCCUCCCACAGUUAAGAGCAAGGGCAAGGCUAGCGGCAAGGGGUCCAAGGCCUCGACGGAGGAAAAACCCAUGGCACAGAGUUUGAAGGAGUGGAGCACGUGGGCCGUGAAGAAGGCCAAGGUCAUCACCCACUACGGCUUCACUCCUCUGAUCAUCAUCAUUGGCAUGAACUCGGAGUCCAAACCUCAACUUUCUCAGCUCCUCAGCCCCGUCUGAUCUUAAAUCCUCCGUCUUAUGCAAUACCCAGAUGCAGAUUUGGGCUCGUCUUUCGUGGGUCGGUGCCUAUUUGUUGAAUCUACGUUGGUUGAGUUCGGUUUUUAUGUUAUGUUUGCAGUUUAUGUUUGUUUAUUUGCGCUUGGAUAACGG